ACCAGUUGCUCUGUUAGUGCGUUUGUCGUUCAACAGAAGGGAGAAGCAAUGUACACGAACAGUGUCAUCGUCUUCUCUGUGAUAAUAAGUAUCGAAACACUCGUCAUAUGUGUUGGAAACGCUUUCGUAAUUUUCGUAUUUUGGACGCAGUGCACGGGAAGUAGAAGACGAGCCAGCUAUCUUCUGAUCAAUCUGGCGGUUGCCGAUUUCUUAAUAGGAGUCACAAAGAUUCCAGCGUUUAUAACCAUCUACAUUCCCUCUCUGAUAAGAAAACGAAACACUGACGACCUCGGAAACUAUAUUGCAGCAUUUGACAUCCUGUUUUCAACAGCUUCAGUAGUUUCUCUUGCUACUGUUUCAUUGGAACGCACUGCCGCUGUCUUGUGGCCACUUGCUCAUCGAACUUCAAGUGACAGAGUGUAUGUCUAUUGUAUUGCUUUUAUCUGGGUGACUGCGAUGAGUGUGUUCCUCAUUUGUAUUCUACCUUUAUUCAAGGUGUGGCCCUUGGAAUUUGCGGUUUUAGCACUGAACAUCGUUCUUGUACUAUCAAUUCUUACCACUUGUCUUACGUACAUCAUUAUACGCGCCCAUUUGAAACGUUCACCCCAAAUAUUUAACAGUGAUCAUGGUGAUGAAAGACAAAACGUGGAAAGAAACGUAAAACUCUCAAAAACGGUAUUUCUGGUCAUCGCAUUGUCAUUUGCUUGUUGGGUUCCAGCUGUUAUUUUGAACGUCAUCCAUUACGUCUUUUGCAAAGAAUGUAUUCCAGCCGAAGUCGUUUUG